UAGAGAAGAGAAAUGGAGGGGAAGAGAGCUUAUAAUAGAGGCCACGUAUUAGUACUCCCUUACCCAACCCAAGGCCACAUUAAUCCACUGCUCCAAGUCGCCAAGCGUUUAGCUUUCAAAGGGCUCAAGACCACGCUUGUAACCACCCUCUCGUCCUGGAGGUCAAUGUACACCGAGUCCAUCUCCGUCGAUGUCCAAACUAUCUCCGAUGGCUACGAUGAUGGCGGAUUUCUGAAAGCGGAGAGUAUCGAAGCCUACCUCAAUCGUUUUAAAGAAGUUGGCUCGCAAACAUUGGCUGAGCUCAUCAAGAAACAGAAGAGCUCUGGACACCCAGUUGAUUGCCUUGUGUACGAUUCAUUCCUUCCAUGGGCUCUGGAUGUAGCCAAAAGUUUCGGCUUAGUUGGGGCUCCAUUCUUCACUCAGUCGUGUGCUGUUGAAAAUAUAUACUACCAUGUUCACCAGGGACUACUGACAGUCCCAAUGACAGAGACUACUGCUGCUUCUCUUCCUGGGUUGCCACCACUUGACAUCAUGGACAUGCCAUCUUUUAUCUCUGUAUCUGGGUCAUACCCGUCUUAUUUUGCAAUGGUUGUAAAUCAGUUCUCUAACUUGGAGACAACAGAUUGGAUCCUUGUCAACACCUUCCAAGAGUUAGAGGUUGAGGAGGUAGAUUGGAUGACAAGACGCUGGCCACUAUUGCGGACAAUUGGACCAACAAUACCGUCUAUGUAUAUGGACAAAAGGGUGACAUAUGAUAUGGACUAUGGUCUCAAUCUCUUCAAGUCAGAUGGUAGUGCUUGCUUGAAUUGGCUAAACAAAAGGGCUGCUGGAUCAGUUGUUUAUGUGUCAUUUGGGAGCCUUGCAGCACUUGAGGUAGAACAGAUGGAGGAACUUGGGUGGGGAUUGAGGAGGACUAAUAGCCACUUCCUGUGGGUUGUGAGAUCAUCAGAGGUGGACAAGCUGCCAAACAAGUUCAUAGAAGAGACAUCAGACAAGGGGCUGAUUGUGGCAUGGAGUCCCCAGUUGGAGGUUUUAGCUCACCAGGCAGUGGGCUGCUUUGUUACGCAUUGUGGGUGGAAUUCUACUCUGGAGGCUGUGAGCUUGGGCGUGCCAAUGGUGGGAAUCCCACAGUGGACGGAUCAACCCACAAAUGCAAAGUAUGUGGAGGAUGUAUGGGAAGUUGGUCUCAGGGCUCGGCCAGGUGAAAAGGGAAUUGUAUGUAGAGAAGAGGUAGAGCGCUGCGUAAGGGAAAUUAUGGAGGGAGAGAGAGGGGAACAAAUUAGGAAGAAUGCCAUCAAGUGGAGAAAUUUGGCUAAAGAGGCAAUGGAUGAAGGUGGAAGUUCAGAUAAAAACCUUGACGAGUUUGUAGCUAAAUUGGUGUUUAAGUGAUGACUUUUUCUAUCAGCAGAUACUUAUUGACCAGAGAAUAGAGCCCCUUUAUCAGCAUAUAAUGUCCUAAGGCCUUUUAUGUCUUUUUGUACUUACAAGUUAGGCGCUCAACCAAUUUCAACUCUAAGUCUGUUUGGAAACGAUGCAAAUGGAGUGUAAAUCUCAGUUUACGAUAAAUUUGUACUCUGGUUUAUUUUGUGUGUUUGAUAACAUUACA